AUGCUCACAGUCAGCCUCGGCACGCUGGGACUCCAGGCCGAGCUGUUUCCGAUCAUAGCUGCUCUCAGAGAGGGUGCUUCAGCGCCGUACGACACUGCUGUUACACUUUCAAGUGAAACAGGGAAGAAGAAGAGAAAAAACUUUUGUAUGACUUCCACUGAGCAAAACAUUGUUACGUCAGAAACAAGUGUUUGGGAUGAGUGUCACAAGUGCAACAUCGACUGUCAUAUCGCUGUUCAUGCUGUGAGCUGUCUCCCCCUCCUCCCUCCCACACAGGAUAUAUCGACCGACACGCAGCCCUCCCUCUGCCAAAAAGGACUCUUGGCAAGGUCUCAUAAGGACUUGGAGCGUUACACAUCAUCCUCCCUUCAUACCAAAUCAUGUUCUCUUAAAUUACAGCGAUGGAGCCAAUCCUAUGCAUCUCUCAUUGUGCAAUAUGUAUAG